AUGGAUCGACGAGGCACCGAAACUCCUUCGGAGCGACCAUAUUUCCAGCAACCAGGAGGGCAAUACUAUGAAGAGCCCCAGCAGUACGAUGUAUACGAAGAGGAACACGAGGUGCUACAGCCCGAGCCAGUUGUGGCGAAGCCCAAGAAGAAGAAUAAAAUCAAGCAAAUAUUCUCGCGACUGAAACGGAAGAAGACGGUCGAGCCGAAGAGGAAACCUGUUGUGUUGGACACACCCGAUGACCCACCCGGGCGACCUUUGCCCCACACACCGCGUACGGAGUCUGAUCUGCAACCACCGGCGCCUGUCUUCCACCCUCCUCCGAGCGAGAUUAGUAGCCGGCGCUAUGAGCUACGGGAUCCUGGAUUUGCCCCUCCUCCGGAAAACGCCACUCGAACCGGUACUCGGGAGGGCAGUGUAUUUGACCCACCACGAGGUGGGACUGUCGUCCCGCCAUCCGAACCCAGUCUAUUUGGACCCGCUCCCACCGGACCAACCACAGCUGCAACAAAUACUACCUUAUAUCAUGAGCAACACUGGGAUGAGCAUCAUGAUAGCGUCUAUGAUGCUGGGCCCCCUCCUAUGCUGGUCGACGAGCGAUCUGGCAACCGGGUCCCACGCGAUUACAGUUAUGCUUCGACAGGUAGCCAUCCUAGUGGAGUCCCUCCAAAGAAGAAGAAGCGCUCGCUCGGUGGUAUGUUCAAACGUAUAUUUAGUCGCAAGAAGAAGAAGCAACCGCCGGCCGUCCAUCCUGUGACUAUCGUAGAGUCUGACCCAGCUGAUCAUCAACCACAUUAUGUCGAGCAAGAGGUCUAUGUUGAGCCAGCUCCUCCUACUGCUAGAACCUCUCGAACAUCUGGGACAGUGGUUUCGCCUCGCUCCUCUCGUUCGCGCCCGUCAACUCAAGAGCCGAUCCUCGAAACCAUGGUGCCUAUCUCUCCUCGUGACUCAAUGACGCUUCGUCGCGGUACGGGCUCAUCAGUUGUACCCCCCAGACGAUAUAAUACUGGUUCUUCGGUUCCUGUUCCCAACGAUACAAUACUGAUACGUCAUUCAACGGUCUCGGUCGACAUGGAACAAAUUCGAGCACCAGACUUGGGCGGCAGGCAACAGCUUCGACUGGGCGCACGGUCCCGAUUGCUACUGCUCGAUCGUCUCCCAGAGCUGGGGCGAGGUACACGUUCCACCACAACCUGCACCUGCACCGCUCCUGUCGCCUCGAGGCCUGGAGGUCUAGGACUCGGAUUGGGGAGCCGCCCUCUGGCUGGACCCAUACCCAUCACUUCACGUCCUGCUGCCCGUCCUACCGCCCGUGCACCUCGCCGAACUUACGCCGCGCCGCCUCCACGAAAGCCAUACGUCCAUGUUCCACGACCUAUUCCCCCACACCUCGAUACCCUUCUUUGCCUACUAGAUUCUUCCGGCAACAACCGGAUCAGAUGCUCAGGUUCAAAUGAUUGUACUGCCCUUAGAGAUCUAGCUGCAGAGGAACGUCACCGAACUGCUGUAACAGAACAAGACUCGCCGAAGAACGAGCCUCGCGGCUUUGAGCUCGGUUACCUGGAUCACACGCUGACUGUCUUUUGA